UGUACCGAAACAAAAUAGAAAAUCGUUUAGAGAUUAAACGUGUGUUUCCGUUUCCGUUUACUUUGUCCCGAUGAAAAGUGUAUGACAUUGGGCAGUAAUCUAUAACUAGUUAGUUGUGUGGGGGAUACUACAAAGCUGCAAUCAUGACCAUGCCAGGACUUACAGUAGCCAGUUUGAAAAAACACCCUUCAGUUAGUAAAAUCAGUAGUUUGUGGGAAAUGUGCUUUCGUGACAAGACUUAUUUUUAAUGGUUAAAUUUGCUUUUGGGCUAGUCUUCUUAUUUCUUAUGUUACGCUUAGUCCGCUUAGGGCUUAGACUUUUAAUUACUUAGUAAGCUAAAAAAAAAAUUCUUAGUCCUAGUUUUAGCUCAAGUCAGUAGUGACAAUAGUGGUGAAGUUAAGGUUAAAUCAGUCAUUACUCAUAUUAAAAUAAGACAGUUAUGAAUAUGAGACUUAUUUAAUGUCUUUGAAGCCAUGUAGGCUAAUGACGAUGUAGGUGUAAAUGUAAUAUUGUAAAUAAAUUUUAACCUUGCAGUUUAAAAAUUAUUAUACAUGCCACAUGCAAGUGACAUUCAUUUGGCUUUAUUAAUAUUGAAAAUAUUUAGGCCCAAUAAACUAAGACAAAACAUAGGCUGUAGGGAAAAACCGAGUGUAACUACUUUUUUUAGGAACUUUGACUUAGAUAUUGCCCAGGUCCAAGAAAAAUCGGGUAUUAUAAUUUUGUUGUCAAAAUGGCGAUCUUCACUUUAUAAUUUAUAGUAUAUUUAUAGUAUAAAUUAUAAAGUGAAUGUUUAUUGAAAUAAAUCAAAUUCACCACAUUAAAUAUUAAAAACUGACGACUACUUCUAUUUUCUAAUAUGUCUUCACAUUCAUUUCCUAGGUGUCCUCAAAGAAAAUUACUUAUACCAAUACUGACACAGCACAUUAUCAUUAAUCAUUAAACCAAAGAGUUUCACAACUGACAACAUAUUUUAAAAUUUUCCAUGGUUGAAUUAUAAUUACUGGUAUGUCUUUCAAAGGAAUAUCAACAGCUUCCAAUUGUUACACUCAACUGUCGAAUAUGUUUAUAAUUUAACGCCAAAUUUACAAUUUUUUAAGGAAAAAAAUAUGGCAUAGGCAUGCAGUAUGGGCCUUUUUACUAUUGAUUGGACUAAUGAGACUGUUUUCAUUAACAAUUUAAUUUGAAGCCAUCAAUCAAUGACUUCUUGCAAUUUUUUACACAAAAGGUCAAAACCUGAGUCUUAUAUGCUCGAAAAUAUGGUAUAUUUUUAAAAUGUUAAUGCUUGAUUUGUCUUAAUUUUGACAAGUUAUCAAUUACAUUAAAUUUUAGUUAUUAUUUAAAGAUUAAUUUGUCAUUAUAACAUAACCAUCGUUUAUUUACUAUAGACAAAUGAUACCCAAAAAAACAUUUUUAAUUUAUGUAACACAUAAGUAAGUAUUAAUUCAGCUAACAAGUUUUAAAUCAUUCAUUGACAGCUGCUCCUUAACAUUGCCAACCCCAGUGACCCCUUAUGUGAUAUGUGGUCCAAAUAAUCUUUGCAUAAAAACUUUUUGAAUUUUCAGCUAAUUCCUCUUUUUGUGUGCGUUGGAGGAGGAAUGGCAUGGGCCGCCUACUACAUUUAUAGAUUAGCCGCCAAGUCCCCAGAUGUUGGGUAAGGAAAAAAUCAAUUGAAAAGGGAGGGGGGGUUGUUGUUGGUGUCAAAUGACAGGAGCUAAACCAUCAAAUUUAAUGCUCAAAAUAUUUCUCGCAUGCCAAUUUUUAUGAACGGAAAGAAAUUUAUUUAUUAAAUCUGUUUCAAUGAGUGGAGAGGUGUGAAAUGAAAAAGCAUUUAUAAAUUUCUUCUUUCAUUUGGCUGGUAAAGAAAUCCAUUUAUCAAUUCAAAAUUCAUUGUUUAAUUAAAAUUAAUUUGUUUUUAUAUUAUUUUUUUUUAAUUAGGUGGAAGGACAAACAUGAAGGAAUGGCAAAUCUUAGAUGGCCUGUUAACAAGCAGUACAAGGUAAUGAAUAUGUUUUAAUAUUUUUACAUCCAAUGGCAAUGAGUCUUUGAUGUUUACCGGUACAAUGAUCUCAUGAUGAAAAACUGUUCUUCAAUAAUAAUAAUUUGUAAAAAUGUCAAGUGUAAACCUACUUAAUUCAUCUUUUCCCCCAAAAUGGUUACAUUAUUAGAAUGUUGCAAUUCAUACUUGGCAUUUUGUUUUUGUUUAAAUUUCAGUUUUAUGCCCCAAAUAUCGAUUACAGCAGUCUUAAGAAACCAGAAGAGAGGCCAGAUAUCUAAAGACAUUCUGUAAAGAUAAAGAUGUAUGCAGUGAUUUUGUAGUAUUUGUUUUAUUGGCAACAUUAUUAUAUUGUACAUGUAUUUAAUGUAUGUGUUUUGAAAGAAAAUAUUUUUUGCGUCUUUUUCUGUGUGAGCAUAAGGAUUUUUCAAUUACUGUAGUUACCACACUGAUUCUAUUUUUUAUUAAAUAUCUCAUUUUAUCUGAUAUAGAUAAUACUCUGAAAUAACUUAUUAAAAAGUCUAAUGAUAUUAAUUCAUGAGAUCUGAGGAAUUAAACGUAUUGCACAAACUGGAGGCUAUUUUGCCUAUUUUGGUAUUUUAAUAAGUUAAUUCUCAAAAAGAUUUAGUUACAUGUUCACUUUUACUGUUACGAAAUAACAUGGAAUAAACUGAAUAAAUUAUA